AUGUCUGGACCUGUCGCUGAUAUGGGCCUCAUCGGCCUGGCCGUUAUGGGUCAAAACAUUAUUCUCAACGCCGCCGACCACGGUUUCACCGUUGCCGCCUUCAACCGUACCGUCUCCAAGGUCGACCGAUUCUUGGCCAACGAGGCCAAGGGCAAGUCCAUCGUGGGCGCUCACUCUCUGGAGGAGUUCGUUUCAAAACUUAAGAGCCCCAAGCGAGUCAUGCUUCUCGUCCAGGCCGGUAAGGCCGUCGAUGACUACAUUGACACCCUCAUCCCCCUCCUUGAGAAGGGUGACAUCAUCAUUGACGGUGGUAACUCUCACUUCCCCGACUCCAACCGCCGCACCAAGUACUGCGCUUCCAAGGGCAUCCGCUUCGUCGGCUCCGGUGUCUCUGGUGGUGAGGAGGGUGCCCGCUACGGUCCCUCCAUGAUGCCCGGUGGUAACGAGGAGGCCUGGCCCCACAUCAAGGACCUUUUCCAGAGCAUCUCCGCUAAGAGCGACAACGAGCCCUGCUGUGACUGGGUCGGUGAUGAGGGUGCCGGUCACUACGUCAAGAUGGUCCACAACGGUAUUGAGUACGGUGACAUGCAGCUUAUCUGCGAGGCCUACGAUAUCCUGAAGCGCGGUCUCGGCCUCUCCUGCAAGGAGAUUGGCGAUGUCUUCGCCAAGUGGAACAAGGGCGUCUUGGACUCUUUCCUGAUCGAGAUCACCCGUGACAUUCUCUACUACAACGAUGACGAUGGAACUCCCCUCGUCGAGAAGAUCCUCGACCAGGCUGGUCAGAAGGGCACCGGCAAGUGGACCGCUAUCAACGCCCUUGACCUCGGUAUGCCCGUCACCCUCAUCGCCGAGGCUGUCCUUGCCCGCUGCCUGUCCUCCAUCAAGGAGGAGCGUGUUAAGGCUUCCAGCAAGCUCCAGUACGUUGGCCGCACCAACAAGUUCGAGGGCAACAAGGAGCAGUUCAUCGACGACCUCGAGCAGGCUCUGUACGCCUCCAAGAUCGUCUCCUACGCUCAGGGUUUCCAAUUGAUGAACGAGGCCGCCAAGGAGUACGGCUGGAAGCUUAACAAGCCCUCCAUCGCCCUCAUGUGGCGUGGUGGCUGCAUUAUCCGCUCCGUCUUCCUCAAGGACAUCACCAACGCUUUCCGCAGCAACCCCGACCUCGAGAACCUUCUCUUCGACGACUUCUUCAACAAGGCCAUCCACACUGCUCAGCCCGGCUGGAGAGACGUCGUCGCCAAGGCCGCCCUCCUCGGUAUCCCGACCCCGGCCUUCUCCACCGCUCUGUCUUGGUUCGACGGUUACCGCACUAAGGAUCUUCCCGCCAACCUCCUCCAGGCUCAGCGCGACUACUUCGGUGCCCACACCUUCCUCGUCAAGCCCGAGUCAGCUAACGACAAGUACCCCGCUGGCCAGUACCACCACGUCAACUGGACCGGCCGCGGAGGUAACGUCUCUGCUUCUACAUACAACGCUUAA